GAACAAGUCCUAAUAUUAGCCUUGAUUGAAGGCUAGCCUUGUGUAUGUUCCUUAAUUUUCGAAAAAAUAUUAAAAAUAUCGACAAAAUCAACAAAUCAAUUAAAGCGGGAAUACGUAGACGGCACUCACUCACUACACACUAGUGAAGUGAAUCGUGAGUCAGGUGGAAUGAUCCUAUAACCUCGUCACAAGAAAUCUUUACACUUUUUUUAAGAAAAAAAGCGAUUUUUUUGUCAAGAAUUUCCACGUUUACAACCCAAAUACAGUCACUGUCUUAAAAAUGGCAUGUAAGUAAAUGAUAUAGCAUAUAUUUUGAGUGGAGAAGACGAAGAUGAAUGUUGCAGUGGGUGUUCAAGCAACAAAUUCAGUUGGGUCAUUUCUAAUUUCAGCCAAUAGGGGCUCAACAAGCAAAGAAUUAAUUUUGGCACAGACAUCAGCAUUGAACUGCAGUUCAAAAAAUCUGUUCAGGCGCAAUACCUUGCAUCCUAAGUCAAAAGUUGACAUAGUGCAUCGAAUGAAGUGUUGUCCUGCAAUCUCAGCCAGUGCGACUGAAAGCAGUCAAGCAAUGGAAAAUGCUGAAGUAGAGACAGAGAAUCUGGGAAUCCUGGAUGUGGAUCCUUCCUUGGAACCCUACAAAGAUCAUUUUGAAUACAGAGUGAAGAGGUACGUGGAUCAAAAUCAGCUCAUUGAAAAUUACGAAGGCGGUCUUGAGCAAUUUUCUCAAGGAUACUUGAAAUUUGGUUUCAAUCGUGAAGAAGGGAGCAUUGUGUAUCGUGAAUGGGCUCCUGCUGCUCAGGAGGCUCAACUUAUCGGGGACUUCAAUGGGUGGGAUGGUUCCAACUACAAGAUGGAAAAGAACCAGUUUGGUGUUUGGAGCAUUAGAAUACCAGAUGUAGGUGGAAAAUCCAUUAUACCUCACAAUUCAAGGGUUAAGUUUCGGUUUAAGCAUGGAAAUGGAAUUUGGGUUGACCGAAUUCCGGCAUGGAUCAAAUAUGCCACGGUGGAUCCCUCGCGAUUUGCAGCACCAUAUGAUGGGGUAUACUGGGAGCCUCCUCCUGAAGAAAGCUACCAAUUUCAGCAUCCUCGUCCUCCAAAACCAAAAGCUCCUCGAAUAUAUGAGGCCCAUGUUGGAAUGAGUAGCUCAGAGCCACGUGUAAAUUCAUAUAGGGAAUUUGCAGAUGAUGUUUUGCCUCGCAUUAAGGCAAACAAUUAUAAUACAGUGCAGUUGAUGGCCGUCAUGGAGCAUUCGUACUAUGCUUCAUUUGGAUAUCAUGUGACAAACUUCUUUGCCGUGAGCAGUAGAUCUGGAAACCCUGAGGACCUUAAGUAUCUGAUUGACAAGGCUCACAGCUUAGGUUUGCGAGUAUUGAUGGAUGUUGUUCACAGCCAUGCCAGCAACAAUGUUACCGACGGUUUGAAUGGUUUCGAUGUUGGACAAAGCUCACAGGAAUCAUACUUUCAUACUGGAGACCGUGGUUAUCAUAAGCUAUGGGAUAGCAGGUUGUUCAAUUAUGCAAACUGGGAAGUUCUUCGAUUCCUUUUAUCAAACGCAAGGUGGUGGCUUGAAGAGUAUAGAUUUGAUGGAUUUCGUUUCGAUGGAGUAACCUCCAUGCUAUAUCAUCAUCAUGGAAUUAACAUGGGUUUCUCUGGGAAUUAUAAUGAGUAUUUCAGUGAGGCAACAGAUGUUGACGCUGUGGUUUAUCUGAUGCUGGCUAAUCGUUUGAUUUACAACAUUUUUCCUGAUGCUACAGUUAUCGCAGAAGAUGUUUCUGGUAUGCCUGGAUUAUGCCGCCCCGUUUCUGAAGGGGGAGUUGGGUUUAACUAUCGCCUAGCAAUGGCUAUCCCUGACAAGUGGAUUGACUAUCUGAAAAAUAAGAAGGAUGAAGAAUGGUCCAUGAAUGAAAUCAUGUUAAGCUUGACUAAUAGAAGAUACACUGAGAAGUGUGUAGCUUAUGCUGAAAGUCAUGAUCAGGGAAUAGUUGGAGACAAAACAAUGGCAUUUUUGCUAAUGGACCAAGAAAUGUAUACUGGAAUGUCCUGCUUGACUGAAGCUUCACCCAUAGUUGAGAGAGGGAUUGCACUUCAUAAGAUGAUACAUUUUAUUACAAUGGCCCUUGGAGGGGAAGGUUACCUUAACUUCAUGGGUAACGAGUUUGGCCAUCCUGAAUGGAUCGACUUCCCCAGAGAAGGAAAUGGUUGGAGUUAUGAUAUGUGCAAACGUCAGUGGAAUCUGCUUGACACAGAUCACCUGAGAUACAAGUUCCUGAAUGCAUUCAAUCGUGCCAUGAAUUUGUUGGAUGAGAAGUUUUCAUUUCUUUCUUCAUCAAAACAAAUUGUCAGCAGUACAAAUGAAGAAGACAAGGUUAUUGUGUUUGAGAGAGGCGAUUUGGUCUUUGUCUUCAACUUCCAUCCAGAGAAUACAUACGAAGGUUACAAAAUUGGGUGUGAUCUGCCUGGAAAGUAUCGUGUUGCACUUGAUAGUGAUGCUUUGGACUUCGGUGGAAGAGGAAGGGUGGGUCAUGACGUUGAUCAUUUCACAAAUCCUGAAGGAAUACCAGGAGUUCCUGAUACAAAUUUUAACAACCGUCCUAAUUCCUUUAAAGUCCUAUCACCAGCUCGUACAUGUGUGGCAUAUUACAGAGUAGAAGAUUAUCCAGAUGAGACUGUCGCAACCACUACCGUUGUUGCUGAUAGUCUAGAAGAAGAGGCUGAUGGAGCCGAGGAUGUUAGCCCUGUACUAAAAAAACCAGCUCCCAUGGAAAAAAAUGCUGCUCCAAGCGUAGAGGAGAUUCCAUCAACAGACAAGAUCAUGGUUAGUGGACGGCCCGGUGACUCAGAUUGUAAUCCCUCCACAGCAAGUGACUUCAAAAUCAGUGUACCUCUUCUGUCAUCCAUGCACUUUCCUUUUGUUCGUGGUUACCUCUUAGCGUAAAUAAGUAGCUAGAUUGCUUACAUGGUUAUGUAAUUGCAGUUUCAUCAUGUAAUCAUGGGAGAGAUUGAAUAAAUCAAAUGAAGAGUUUUGUUACCAAUGUAUGUUAUUGUGAAUGUAAAAUUUCAGCAAGGAGUUAUGCCAAAGAGUCAAGAGGCUUGCAAGUUCCAA